AUGUUGUCGCUGUCUCGUCUUGAAGAGGUGGCCGGAAAGGCAGAGAAGCUGCGAUGUCUUUUGCGCAGUGCAUUUUUUGACGACGCCCCGAGGAUUGAAGCGGCCAUCUUUGAGCAGCUUUUACAGCUGUUGGAGCACUGGUUCCCCGCCACAUCUUCUUCUAAUACAACUCCCGCACCUCAAUUGGAUGGUGAUAAUGAUAAUGAUGCACGCCUUCUCAUUGAACAAUACUAUCUUCAGGAGGUGUUUGCGGCCUUGCUGUUUCUUUCGGAUGAGUCUUUUUUUCUGAACCGUGCGGUGUCUGUCGUACUUCUUCCGCGUCUUGAGAAAUGUAAUGUUCUCAAAUCUGAGUUUUACGUGGAUCUGCAUGUGCGGCGGUUUUGCACGGAGCUGCUGCUUUAUUUUUGUUUUUCUCAGGUAUGUCAGACACCUCGUAUCGUCCAGGCGCUUUAUCCUCUUCUUCUUCACGGCAAUCAUGCGUUGGUAAAUGGUGCAUCGCAGAACCAAGUCGGGGAGGGUCUUUUUGAUACACCUCGAUUUCUUCAAAAGAAGACCCUUGUCUCCAGCCUGCUCAACGGUGUCAUGCUGACGCUUCAUGAUGGCGUCGUGGGGGUGUUUCGUGUGCUGCUACUUGAUGACCGCGUGGAGGACGGCAUGACGGUGGAUGCUGCUCGACACAUCGCAUCCCUUUUUUCUACUCCACUUCGGCGUGCGUGGCUUUUAAAAGAAGGCAGCGUUACAUACACGAAAUGUCUAGGAUUGGAUGAGCAGGCGCUUCUGCUCUCUGUACAACUGGUUGACCUCAUGGCGUCUGAUACCGAGACGUCCUUGACUCCAGAUGAGGAACGAGUGCAAAUUCGUUCAUCCCACUUUUUGCAACAGCAGAAGAUUAAUCAAGAAAAACGUUUUUUAAAGCGUGAAACAAUUCAGGAAAGACUGCAUUUGGGGAUUGCCACCAUUUUUAACGCCACGUUGCAUUUAAUGCCUCGGAGCGAGGACAAAUCGCUUUUUGCCCGCAGCUACAAAUGCUUCUGCCUUUACAAUAGGCACCUUCUCACACCAGCAUUUUGCGUCCUCACCUUACGCGUGGCUGCUAAAGCUGAUACAGAUGAGAUUUUAUUUGCACUACGCCGUCUCUCAGUGCUUGCGCGGGGUUCCACGCUCGGUCCGUCACCAAGGGCAUUGUUGCUCACUCUGGAACCACUUUCGCCUGGAAUACUGGAGUUGCUUGCGCUUGCAGAUACCCUUCCAGUGCAACACUCUGCGCUUCUUCAAAAAGUGUUAGGGGCCUUAUGGGAAUUAUCGGCGCAGUUUGAAACACUGGCGCAUAUGUUUGUGCGAGGUGCAUUUAUGCCUGUUCGUGGGUCUUACUCGGUGGACCGAGUCCAGGCGAAGGUGAUUGUGGAUUUCGAGCAUGCCUCUUCAAGUGUCAUGCGCAUACGUGGUUUGCAGCGUCUUUUAUUACACGGCAGUAUUCCAAAGGAUGCCAUAUGUAAGUUACUAAUGGCGAUGGCAACGAUGUGCCAACAGCGUGCUGCGAUGGCAACUGCUGCUCACGUAGAAGAAAAGAAAUGCUCAAAAUCGGCUGCAUUUCUGUUUGCAGAGAAUGAAUUGGAGAUGAAUUCAGAUAACGAUAAUGAAGAUAUUAUGUUGGCACAUAUGGUAGAAGAAAUGUGCCUUAGUCUGACUUCGGAUGAAUUGUUUGGGACGUGUGUUACCCUUGAUCGUAUAUGUGAAGUCCUGUCCACGGUAGUGACAAUAUCAUACGCAUGCUGGCAUUGGGCAAUGCUAUUGAUUCCCCGUAUUCUUUCCGUUAAUGUCAUUCACAGUGUCUUUGCACAAUAUACGACAAAUAUAGAAAGGCAGAAGGCAGCACGCUUGUUUAUUUCUCAGGCGCAGAGGCUCUUAUCUUUGGUGAAUGCCUUACAUGAUGCAGUUGUUAAUACCGAAGCCACAACGACGCUGGAGAACUGUAUUGCUGCAGUACAGCAAUACAACUCCGAUGCGGAUGUGGACGAUGCUACAUUUGUUGAAUGUCGAGGCAUUGUGCGGUUGCUUGAGGAAAGCCUUGACAUGAAGUCAACGGCAUCGCUUGUGGUCCAUCUCCUGGCACUCGCACGUAUUGCAGAGCAGGCUGCUUCUUGUCUCCACCGAAAGCUUUUGACAGCUGAUAAGAAGAACCUGAAUGAAAAUCCAUUCAGCGACUCUGUGGAAGGCAGGGAUGUUGUGCAAACCGCUUUGUGGCUGCUUUUUAGAGUGCUUAUUGAGGUGGAUGACGCGUGUGCGGCUGUGGCUGCGUGCAAAACGGUUGUGUGGUGGUCUCUUGCGCGUUUGGACUCCGUAGAUUCUUCAUUUGUGGCACGCCUUGUGGUGGGUCUCCUUGGCGUGGAGGAGAACAGCCCAAUGGCACUGUGCUCAGUCCUUCCAGGUGUUACGAAUGCCGUGACGCCGCCGCAAAUCGGCCGUAUGAAGGUGCGGUUACUUGAUAUCCUUCUGGGUCUGUGCGAUUACGACGAGGAGGGACGCACACUGAGAAACAUUGAUGAUUAUUGCAAACUGGAGAGAAAGUGCACUCUUUACGAUAUUCUUGUCGAGUUGUGUGGGCCUCAGCACGGUCCCGUCGUGCAGGUUGCCGCCCUGCAUCUCAUUGGCCAUUACGCGAUUGCCACAUAUCCCCGUGUCUCACUUGCCGCAACGUGCGCUCUCUGCGUUGAUGUCUUUCGACACACACCGCAUGAGAUGGCAAAGGCUGCAUGUGCCUCGAUGUUGUCAAAUGUAGCAGGAACUCUUGAAGCGAUGGGCAUUCUGGCGGCCCUCAGCGAAGUUGAUGUUGAACUUUUGCAGAGAAUGGCAGAAGCCAUGUGUAGUUAUCGCGGUGCCGCAGGGGCUGACGAUGAUCACGAGGCUGUGAUUCACCACCACGGGCGCUGCAUUCGGAAAGUUUUGCAGCAUUUGUUUUAUGGAUUGCGGGAGGCGUGA